GUGUCAUUUCGGAGACUCCGUACCAAACUUCAACAUGGCGACCAUGAUGGCGGGCGAACGUGCGGAACUCAAAUAUCUUGCGAUUGUUCUGAGCCCAGCUGAAAUCGACUUGGUUCCUCAAGAUGUUCGAGAAAAGCUCGAAGCUCUUCUGGAUUCCAAAGAAACGACUGAAGAUGGACUGAAGACUAAACUGGAGAAGUUGCGAGUGAAUUCUGAGCAACGCUACUUUGAGUUAGAGAAGCAACUGAUAGCAUCCAGUAGCAAGUUGGAGUCAUCACUCGGCAGUAUUGAUGAGCUCAAGGCUUCCAAUACCAGACUAGAGGAACAGCUGCGUCGAAGUAAAGAAGAAUUGUCUGAAGUGCGUGACUCAAGCGAGGGCAGCAAUCUCAGCUACAAGCAGCUGAGCCGCAGUCUGGAAGUUCUUGAGUAUGAGAAGGGGGAACUGCUAAAAGUGUUGGAACGCAAGAACCAAGAAAUUAGCCGACUCAAUGAUGACUGGAAGACCAUGUCUGGUAAGCUGGCUGAAGCCAACGUGGCAAAGUGCAACUUGCAGGUCAAAAUUGACGAGCUACAGAACCAGGAUAUGUCUGUCAAGUACCGAGAGAAGCGCCUGGAGCAGGAGAAGACUCAUCUCAGCUCACAGAAUGAGUGGCUCACUCAACAACUCAAAGCAAACUCAGAUGAGCUCUUGGUUCUGAGAAAAGAAAAGUCCAAUCAGAUUUUGGAGCUGCAAGGCCAGCUGAAUGAACGACUGGAUGAGAUCACACAUCUCCAGGAAUCUGUGGAGACGUUCAAGACGACCAACAAAGACCAAGAGACCAGGAUUGAGGAGCUGAUCACAAAGAUGAAAGAGAAUAACGAAGCGUAUGCUAAGAGUGAAGAGCAGUUCCACGGAGAACUCCAAGCCCAAGGCAAGCUGACAAGUCUCUAUGAGAAAAGCGCUGAGGAAGCCCAGGGGAAGGUGCGGGAACUGAUCACCGCUGUGGAGGAACUGCAGAAGUUACUUGGCCAGGCCAGUACCUCCCAGGGUGAGCUCAAGACACAGCUACAGGAGAUGGAGACCGGGUAUUCAGCCAAGGAGACUGAACUAAAUGAGAAGAUGGCUAAGAUGGAGAAGGAGUUGGAGGAUGCCAAUGAUCUCUUGAAUGCUGCCAGGAAGAAGGGAGUAGUGAUGAAGAUGUCUGAUGAGGAAUUGAACAGCCUCUCACCGACUGCAGCAGCCGCCAGUAGCUUCCUGAAAUCUGGAUUAACCCUGACUCAGAUGUACAGUGAAUAUGUCAAGUCCUCCGAUGAACUGGAAGUGGAGAAGGCGGAGAACCAACGGCUCAACUCCUACCUUGAUCAGAUCCUAGUGGAAAUUGAAGAGAAAGCCCCCAUUAUGCAGAAACAGCGUGAUGACUACGAGAAGGCAUUGCAGACAACUAAUCAGCUGUCAGCACGACUGGAUGCAAACCUGGUUGAGUGUGAACAGUUGCGUAUAGCUGCUGACGAGGCAGAGCGUCGAGCAAGCAUGUCAGCCAGGGAGAUCAUUCGACUCAAGCAACAGUGCACAGACCUAGGCCAACAGGUUCGGGUGUUACUGAAGGAGGUCCAUGAGGCCAAAGGAGGACCCAUCAGGCAUGAGCCCAACGUCUCUUCCCCUGAUGUCUCCAGUUCCUCCAAUGUCAUCAGUGAACACCUUGUCUCCUUCAGAAGCAUAGAAGAGUUGCAGGCGCAGAAUGAGAAACUCCUGGCCUCGCUACGAGAACUCAGCAACAAGAAAGAACAGGAAGAACAACUGACCGUUGAGAGCAAGACUGCAGGGCUGAAGCAGCAACUGGACGCCGCCUCACAAGACAUCCAGGAGAUGAGAGAAGCCAGAGCAAGGCAGACAGAAAUGGUUGAGGCUAUCGUCAGACAGAGAGACAUGUACAGAGUCCUACUACAGCAGAGUGGAACCACACCUCCACCGAUGUCGUUGAUAAUGUCUGUCAGCCCUCUAGCCUCCCCUGCCCUUGCUCCCGCGGCUGUGACUACCCCAGACACACAACCAAUCACCAAGUCAGACAGUGCACCAGUCGCUGAGGCUAAGGAUAUGGCUAGGCAAGCACUCAAGACACUACAAGAGGAGUUUGAGACUUACAGAAAGGAAAAGGCUCAAAAUGAAAAGCUUUUGAACGAGCAGCUUGAGACAAUGAGAAAAGAUGUCUCCGACUUCAGAGUACAGAACGCCCAGCUGACCUCACAGCUUGACUUUGCCGGUGAACGCUACAAAAUCCUGCAGUCCAACGUUGAUGGUUACAAGAAGGAGAUUGCGUCUCAUCGCGACAAGAGCCAGAAAUACUCGGCUGAAAUGGUGAAAAAUCAGCAGAGGAUCAACACCCUCACACAGGACCUGAUGGCUGCCAAUGAGAAACUAACGAGAGCAGAAGUUGCUUGUGACAAUCUGAAGGUUGAGCGGGAAUUGCUGAAGGGAGUGGAGGCCAGACUAACACAGGAGAAGGAAAGCAUGCAGAGAGAGCACCGCGGCCAGACCUUGCUGCUGACAAACUUAGAAACCAUACAGAAUAACUUGGAGAGGUCAGAGUUUGAAAGCAAGGCCCGAUUGUCCAAUCAGAUGGAAGCGAUGGAGCGUGAGUUGAAUCAGUUGAGACGAAGACUAGAAGGAGAAAAUGACCAGCAUCGUGUGGUACUCAAGACAUGGGAGGGUCGGGUGCAGAGCCUCCAACGGCAGUUGAACCACGAGCUGGAUAAUCAUCAGAAGACCAGAGAAAGCCUGAACAAGACCAAGGCUGACCUUCAGAACAUGAAGGAACAGUGUUCGUCUGUGGAGGCUCAGCUGGUAUCAGCUCAGAUCAAGUAUGAGAGUGCUCUUAAGGACAAAAAUGAAGCUCUAGCGUCUCAGUCUCAGCAGACUGUUGUUGUGUCUAGCAAUGAUGAAGAGGUCCGAGAGUUGAAGACUAAGCUCCGAAUGGCUGAGGAUCAGGUCAAAGUUCUGAAGGACCAGAUUGAGAAGUCUAAGAAGCAUCUAGAGCAAUACAAGUCCAUCAGCGCUGCCAUUGAGACUAGCCUGAAGGAACAGAGCCUGGCUGCUCAGACAUACAAGGAUAACAUGGAGAAACGUAUGGAGGAGACAACACAAGCUCGAGAGCAACUUGAGAAGCAAGUCAUUGAGUUGGUGAAAGAGCGAGACGAAAUGCGCAGCGAGAAAGAGGAACUGAGCGAGGCUGUUGCGUCUCAGACCAGUGAACUGCGUCGCAAUCUCCUUCAUGUUCAAGAGGAGCUGACCUUGGCAGUCCAGCGGAAGUCUGAAGCAGAGACUAACGAGGCCACGGCCAGACAAGACAAUCAGGUGCAGGCCAAACUGGCCAAGGAGGCUCAGGACAAGUAUGAGCGAGAGUUUCUGCUUCACGCAGCAGAUGUCCAGCAGCUGGUGACAGUGAAAGAUCAGUUGGAAGGUCUCAACACGCGAUUAGCAGAGGCAGAGGAAGCAGCUAGGAAGGCUGAAGAAACACUGAGCUCAUCAAAGGUCGGAUGGGAGGAGCAGUCACGCAUCCAGGCCAACGAGCUGCAACAACGAGUAACAACCUGCCAGGAACUCAACCAUCAAAACAUGCUGCUACACCAGCAACUGGAAGAGUUGAGCGGUCGUAUGAUGAGAAGUCCCCAGCGGAGGGAUUCUGUCGAUGGCAACGUGCGUGUACCCGACGAGAACAAAUCAUCAGAACAACUACUAGAAGUUAUCAAAUUCUUGCGUCGUGAGAAGGAGAUUGCCGAGACCCGUUCAGAGCUGGCUCAGUCAGAAACCCUUCGUCUCAAGCAGAGAUGCGAGCAUCUUGAGCGACAGUAUGAAGAGGCCCAUCGUAACUUGACUGGAGAGAGGGAGAGGACUCAGGUGAUGGCACAGACAACAGCUAAGCACCAGGAGCUCCUAAAGAAGGUGGAGACACUGAAUGCCCUGACAGACAGCAACAGGAUGCUGAGAGAAGAGAAAGACAGGCUGGAUCAACAGGUGCAACAACUAGAGGCAAAGGUUGGCCAGUUGGAGAAUGACAUCCAGCCGCUUCAAGAUCAGAAUCGAGAUCUGGAGGCUAAACGAGACGCUCUGAACACCGACAAGAUUGGCCUGACCAUUGAAGUCACCCGAUGGAAGCAACGCACCAAUCAUCUCAUCGAGCAGUGCAACAGGGCCGACCCAGAAGAGCAGAAGAGAUUAAUUGCUGAGAAAGACGCAAACAAGAAGACUAUAGGCAGCCUACGGGAAGAAAACCUCAGACACAAAGCUGAGCUCUCAAGACUAAAUGCACAGCUUUCAGCCGCAAAGAAUGAGAUCAGCAAGAUGACCACUGACUUUGCCAGUAUGCAGUCUGAACUGAAGUUAGAGCAAAGCAAACUGAAUGAGGAGAUCAACACAUUGAAAAUGGAUAACACGGCCAAGGAGAAUGAUAUUAACGACAAGAAGAAUACAAUACAACAGGUUAAGAAGAUCGGUCGUCGCUACAAGUCCCAGUUUGAGGAUCUGCAGGCCAAAGUGGACGCAGAGAAGGAACAACAAGGCGCGCCCAACGCAGAAAGAGAUAUCAAGAUCAAAGAGUUAGAAGAAGCCAUGGCCAAACUAACAGAGGAAAACAAAUCGUUGAAAGAGGCAGAAGAGAAGACAAAGACUCAACUAAGUGAAAGAGAUGAGCGUGAAGAGAAAUCCAAGAAACUGGUGAGGCAGAAACUAGCCCAAUUCAACACGGAGCGCAACAAGGCGAAUGAGGAGAAGACCAAACUGCAGUCCACCGUGGAUGAGAUGAAGGGGGAGCUGUCGGCCAUCAAGUCCUUACAGACACAGAGUGAGGCACAGAUGGAAGCUGAGAAGAAACAACUCCAGGAGAAAGUGGAACAACUGGAGAAAGACCUGAAACAAUCCAAAGAAAACCAGGAGAAGCUUCAAACAAUCCAAUUAGAGGAACAACAGAAACAGCAGCGGCAAAAGACUGAGCUCCAAACCAAGGUCCAGGAGUUAGAGCGACAGGUUGAGGAGCAGCAGAAGCAGCUACAGAUCAAGCAUCUGGCUCCUCAGCAGCCAAUGGGAGCCGAACGACCCAGUACCAGAAGUGAAGAGCCGCCACCCACAGCCAACAUUAAACCCAUCUCCUCCCCAGCCCAGCCAGUCACCAAGACCUCCGUCCCCUCCAGUCUGCGGGUGACUGCCAGCGUCCGUCCCAUCCCUGUUACCCCGGUAACUAGUGCUCUGUCUAGCGCCUCGGCAACACCCAUGGCAACAGUCAUGCCUCAGACCCAGAGCGAGGCUAGUACCGUUGUCAUGGAGACUGACAGGCAACAAGCAGUUCAAGAACCCCUCUCUGUAGAGACACCUAUCGUCAUUUCCAUAGCUUCAACCACACCAAUCCAGGCAGUCACCCCAACCCAACAAGCCCCUCACACGUCCGUACCCCACUACCAGCACCAGGUGCCAGAUACCAGAAUGGAUGGGGCACAGGAGGAGAGGCUAGAACCCAUGCAACAGCAGGAGGUUGUUCGCGCUGAUAAUGUACAGGAGGUGAGGGCAGAACCCAGAAUUGCACCUGUCGUUGAGCCUGUGGUAGAACAGGUGGCGGAACCGGUGACUGAACCCGUCACAGAGGCAGUCACGGAAGCCUUGCAGCCUGACGAGGAGAGCCUGGCGGAGGUGCAGACUCCCAGUGAGCAAUCAGAGAGAGAAGAUGCUGAGACACAGAAACCAAGUUCCUCCUCGGGCAGUCGUACAGAGCUGAGUCACAAACGUCAACGAGAGGAAUCAGCAGAGGAUGACACUGAGACAGCUCAAAUAGAAGAGACCGGCCAUGCAGAAAAACGUCAGCGAGUCACGCCUCAACCGCAAGCGGUAGAGGAACCAGAUCAGCCCUCCCUAGCUUCUACCGACACCCAAGCCGAGACCCCAGCAGAGGCAACUCCUUCAAGCACCCGACAGUCAUCAACUUCAUCUCCCGCUGGCGAAGACGAAGCGGGCACCGGUGUAAAAGCGCCCUCUCUGGAGGAGACAGAGCAAGAUGAAGUUGAAACCCAGGACCAGGCAUCGACACAAGAGCCCUUGGCUAGCGAUACAUUGCAGCAAGAGGAGGAGGAAGCUCCGCCCACUGAGGGAGAAGUUGACGACGAACAAGAGGAGGGGCUUGAUGUACGAGGCGAAGUCGAAGACCCAGAUGAAGAAGAUGAAGAUGAUAUCGUUAUCGUCGUUGAUAGCGAUGAGGAGGAUGUUUCUGAGGAGGAUGAGCAGUCUCAAGGAGAGGAAGAUGAAGACAUCGGCGAUGAUGCAGAUGAGGAAGGAGAAGCAGGAGACUAUGAAGACUUUGAUGAUGAGUACCCAGUAGAAGGAGAGAUCGAGUAUGGGGAUGGAGAGGAGGAGGAUGAGAUUGAUGAGGAAAUGGACGAUGAUGAAGGAGAAGAAGCUGUCUCCAUGGAUGAGCAAGAUGAAGAAGGUGAUGCAGGAGACACUGGAGAUGAUCAGGUCAUGGAUGAUGAUGAGGUGGUGGAAAUCAGUGAGGACGAGGAGACCGAAGGAGCAGAGAAUGAGAUGGAAGUUGGGUCUAGCGACCAGCAGGAGCAAGCGCAACCAAUGGAAGAGCAUCCACAGUUACGCUUACCCAUGCCGGAGCUGAGAGUGGAGCCCCCUGGAGAUCAAGUCCCAACCUCUCAGGGUCAAGAGACGCAGAUCGAGAGAAUUCCAUUCCAGCAAGCUACUGUUCCGAGACAACGUCUUGCAUCACUUGGGAGAGCCCCGAUGUUCAUAGGUGCCGGGGGGCCCUUUGAUGACAUCGGAGAUGACAGACAAGUGCCAAGCACGCCUACCCUCUUCGUGCCACGCAGGACGGAUGGCUUUGCAGAGGCAAUCAAUUCUCCUCUACUUCCUGGGAGAUUUCACUUCGGGGGCUCGGAUGCUGAACCAUCACGCUCCAUGGCUCCAGCACUGGCCCAGCUAGCUACCCAAGGAGAUCUGGGUCUGGACGACACCCGCAUCAACCUUCUAGGAGGAGAUGAAGAUGGAGGACGGAGCGUGCCAACGACACCCCUGCAAACUCACGCACCUUCAACCGUUCUGACAGCGAGUCCCUCAAGCCAGACCCGAGAUUCCUCACCAGUUAGUCAGGACACCUCGCGUUCUGUGCCAGCCACCAGUGAAGCCAGCCAACAGCAACAGCUGCAGGGAGUCGGGGAGCAAGACGAGCCCGACACUCUGCCUAGCGAAGUACCGCAGUCGUCUCCCGCAGGACCAGACACGAGUAGCGAGGAACAAACCACCAUAGCGUCUGCUGAUUCCCAGGGCGACCAAGGUGAAGAAUUAACCAGUGCUGUUCCAAGUGCUGAGGGUGCCGAUCCGAGGGACAGACCAGAACAAAGUGGUAGCGCUGAAGCAGGUCAAGGGGAGCGGCCGAAACCCAAACGCAUCGUGUGGCAGGACUCAGCCAGCUCCAGUCAGUCGCAACAGCGCCCUCAACAGUCAAGAGGAGGCACAGCUAUCAGGAGUCGAGGUCGAUUUAUACAACGGUCCUUUCCUAGAGGCACCGGCACAGCAACUCGAAGUCGAGGUGGACGAUUCACGCGUGGUCGGGGCCAACCGCCAUUUUAAACAGUCCGAAGGCUUUCUACUUUCUACAAGACAUCAAAGAAAUUUUAAAAAAAAUUUGGAGGAGUUGAGAUUGUCGCAGAAGCUUUGACAACAGACCGAUCCCUUCAACUCCAGCAAGUGAUGUUUGAUGUCACGGCCACAACUGCACAAUCAAAUGUCUGACAAACGUCUAUGUGCAGUGGAUGGGAAUUGAUGGAUUAUUCUAUCUAAUAGUUUAAAAAUUCCUUGUUCUAAUUCAUGCAUAUCAAUGAAAACCAAGUUACAGUGAAAUCUUGUAUGUUCCAAUUUUGAUUAUUUUAUUUUAAGUUACAUCCCGCUAAAAAAAUGAUCAUGAAUAAAUAAAUAAAUAAAUACAGAAACAGUAUGCAAUGUAAAAUGGCCAUAUGUUAUCACCAUUGUGGUUGUCUUGUUGGAGUUGUACAUAAUGCCAUAAAAGUUAAUAUUCUAAGCUGAUAGACUGCACUGUUUGUUCAUAAAUGUUCCACCACUGUCUUUUCUUUAGAGUAAUUUCAACUGUUCCAUAAUAUUGUGUUGCGAUUAAAAUCUGUCCAGCUGUUUCAACACCAGGGUUAAGGUACCUGUUUUUGCUUCUAAAGCAUGUGUCGAAUGUUAACACUUAUUUCUGUUAUUUUGAAAGCAUUAUUUUCUUGUCAUAUUUUGUAGUGGAGUACAUUAUUUUGUUGCUUUACUUCGUCUCUUUGUUAUGUCAUUAUUAAAAUUGUGUUUGAAAUUCCCUUGUUGGGAUCAUCAAUUUAUGAAACAAGGAAUCAAAAGUUUCAGAUCCAUUGUGUACAGGUAUUUUGUGUCUUUUUUUUUGAGAUUAGAUAAAUAAACUGAAGUUACCGUAA